GCACUAUGUCAGGUGGCCUCCUGAAGGCGCUGCGCAGCAACUCCUAUGUGGAGCUGAGCCAGUACGGGGACCAGCACUUCCGGGGUGACAAUGAAGAACAAGAAAAAUUACUGAAGAAAAGCUGUACAUUGUAUGUUGGAAAUCUUUCUUUUUACACAAUUGAAGAACAAAUUUAUGAACUCUUCAGCAAAAGUGGUGACAUAAAGAAGAUAAUUUUGGGUCUGGAUAAAGUAAAAAAAACAGCAUGUGGAUUCUGUUUUGUGGAAUACUAUUCAAGAGCAGAUGCAGAAAAUGCCAUGUGGUAUAUAAAUGGAACACGUCUGGAUGACCGGAUCAUUCGCACAGACUGGGAUGCAGGUUUUAAGGAGGGCAGACAGUAUGGACGUGGGCGAUCAGGUGGCCAGGUUCCAGAUGAGUGUCAACAAGACUAUGAUGCUGGGAGAGGUGGCUAUGGAAAGCUGGCACAAAAGCAGUGA